UUUUUACUCUGUAAUGAAACAGUGAUUGAGGUGGUCGUGUUAUUGGAAUUUUGGAAUUAACAGAGAUCGUCUUAUUAAUAUGAAUAUAUUACGCGCCCUGUAAUCGAUUUGUUUUCUUAUUCCGAAACCGUGUAACAUGUUGUAUUUCUGAAACUGUGUGUUGAAACAGCGAAGGAACGGAAAAUCUACCAAAAUGGCAAAGGAAAUGAUGAUAGUGUUCGUAUACGACACUGGGUGCUGUGUCGAUGAGGAGGACGACCCAGCCGACGCGGUGCUUUACUUCCACCCGGGAUGGGUAUCGGACACGCAGCGACUGGCACUCGCCGGACAGGUGGUGGGUGCGGCGCACUGCAUCAAAUCCCUCUUCACGCAACCGCUAGCCAUCACGUUACAGAGCGGAAAAUUUAUCAUCAGAGAAUAUGGUAGAUAUAUAUUGGCAAUAGGAAGCGACCGUAACAUACCAGACUGGGUGUUAAAAAACCGCGCCAGCCUCCUCACAUCCAUGAUCAAGGUGUACCACGGCGACCUGCAAGCCCUGGCCGAUAGCAUGGAAGACCCGAACCCGAAACGACUGGCGGAGAAGCUUUACCAGAUCUUCGAGACCUACCUACCAGUGCUGCAGUACGGCUGCCAUAUAUUCCAACGCGUGCCAAUGCUGAGUCUUCCAAAGAGUGCCACAUCCGUCUAUAUGGAAUCAAUGCAAAUCUUGGAGCACUGUCGCCGAAGUAAAGGCGUAUUGGGAGGCGUCAUACUAUAUAAUAACAAAAUAAUUUCAACACAACUGCCGCCAAGUCUGACCUCGUAUUUAACAGUAGUGGACCCAUAUCGGAUAAAAUCUCCCGCUGAAAACCUUGAAACUGAAACCCCUCUACCUUUAGGAGCUCAACUUUUAGUAGUUUAUGUAGGAAAGAAAACUUAUAACACAUUGAAGAAGCAAACGGAUAAAUUGCAAGAUUUCUUUCAAAACGGCGAAGAAGUUAUCACUAGAUUCAAAAAGUUACAAGAAGCGGACCGCGAAAGAGCUCGAGAUCAUCCCCAAUCGGGUAUGAAGAGGGACAAAUCUUUACUCUUCACCGCCGUCCCAGAAGAAGAUCAUACGAUGAUAUCCCCACCAAACAGAGAAGAAAAUCCAAGUGUACAAAGAAAACCCAGUAUGCCGGAUGUAGUGCCAUUCACAAACAAACCCAGACCACGUCCAAAUAAGUUAUCCCUCAGUUUCAAAACACAGAAAUCCGUAGACGAAGACGUAAAAGAGAACGACAAAGUAUUCACCGGUCAAACUAGUGUAUGCUCCACACCUAUGGUUGAAUACAAGCGCUUACACGGAAACAUGCUAUCGAUUUGCCAGAACCCAGAUAAACCUGAUUUUAUCGCAGACGAAAGGGAAAACGCUGAACCAGAUGUCCUUAAAAACAUUGAGAACACAACAAACGGGGUGAAAGACGAAAAAAGGGACAACAAAACAGUUUUAGACAGCAACUGUAUAGGAGAACACUUUAUAAAUAAACCGGAGCCAUUAAGAAAGCUAGCAAGCGUUACAGAUUUACAGGAAACGUUCAGAAAAUUAUCCACAAGGGCUUCGUCAAAGAUGAAAUUACAAAGGUCGAAAAUUGACGACGAAUCUGUACCUUCCCCGCAAGAAAAAAGCCAAAACACAAUGACAAUCAAUGAUCCAUUAUUCCCAGUAUUCAGAAACGAUGGUGUGGCGAUCUCAGAAUCAUUAUUCAAUCAAUACUUAGAGCAGUAUUACUCCGGUAUUAAGCAGAGGACAAAAGAAGAGAAUAUGUUUAAUUUCAAUCUUAAACUUUGUGAGUUAGACAAAUUCAAAGAUUUCGAUUCGGAUUUAAUAAAGUCCCCUCAGAGAACACCAAAGAAAGUCGCGAAAGAUUCGACGAAAACGUUACAAAGCGAUCAGUCUAGACGAAAAUCACUAUCGCUCCCUCUAAAAUCGUUAUCAGAAAGUAGUGAAACGCAAAUUGCGACAGAUUCAGAUGCGAUUAGUUUAAAGAAAAAAUUGUCGGGAGUCCAAUUAACGCCUUUAAUGGAGAAAUUAAGUCAUCUAGCGUUUUCGGAUAAAUCGAGUGGAUAUAGCAGUAGAGUUAUGACACCUUUGGAGCUGAGAGAGUUACUGACGCCUGCUUUGGACAAACAAGUCACAUUCUCAGAAAGUAUUACAAAACAAGUUCGAAAUGAAGAAAGCGAAGACUCUGAAACGGAUAACGACAGCGACUUGGCGGUUCUGCCGACAUUUAGUUCAGAGGCUGUCAAGUGUGCGCUGUUCGUGAGCGGCUUGCACAACAUGGCGCUGCUUGCACUGCUUGACCUUGAAGCGGCCAACGACGCAGAUACCAUCAACUCUUUGUGGGAAACAUCUCUAAACGCGUUAGGGCCAAUCGAGCAGAAAUGUAUGGAACCCUUGACUACGCAAACCGAUGCAUCGGACUACAGCUAUUUGGUGCUUGACCCGGACUGGGGCACCGUGAAGAAGGGUGGCCCCUGGGCUGCACUAGACAUCGCUACUAUGGGCUUUAUACAUAAUGAGUUUGAAGAACAACCUGACCUCACUGAAUUCAUAUUACGAAGCGAAGACAGUGUAGUUCUGGGCACAGCGUGUGGCGGGGCCCAGAUAUACUACCAGGAAAGCGGCGCGAGGCAGGCGGGCCCGCCGCCGCCUUCAGACAUCCUCGCCACGGCGCCGCUGCGUGCACGUCGCCGUCUACAUAGGGACCACUCCGCCUUACUCUUGUAAACUAAUGCACACAUAUAAACUGACCGAACUGAAAUAAGUCACGAAAAGACACCUAGACUUGCUUUUAGGAAUUGAAGAGACUUUGCUUCGGAGACGUUUAAGAAACUGUCCCGACACAUGCCCGCACUAGUAAGAUCGUGCGAAUAUGUGCUAUUAGAGAGCCUGAAUUUUCUUUAGGAACCAUCGUUUGACAUGAAAAAGCGAUGAGCAUGUCUCAGUGAAGGACGAACAGGCGCGAGGCGCUCAACUUAAAUAAUUAAACUCCAGAAACAAUACAUUCCGGUGCGAUUUAGUCUGUAAGACUAAGUACGUAUCUCUCGAGCAAAUCGGAUGAAAUGUUUAGGAUGGUAUUGUUGCCCACAUUACCAUCCAGGUGUGUCUACUGUAUUGCGCAUUACGUAGUGUAUUACUUAUUACUCAAUGUAUCACAUCAUGUAUUUUGGUAGACGGUUUCAGACGUGUUUCCCUAUUUGAACUAGCUUUCGACUUUAACGUUAUGUGCAUAGAUAAAAUAUCUUCGAAAGAAGUCAUGUCGACCUCUGCAGACUUGGUAUAUGCAAGAACGGAAGACACUUUCACAUUUAAAGAGAGGUUAUAUCACAAAAUCAUACAGAUAAAAUUUAUUGUUAUAUAAGAAAAAUCUGUAUAAAGUAAAAAUAAUUUGUCUAAAUACGACAACAUGCAAUGCACAUAAGCAACGAAGAAAUUUGAGAAAUCGAUUUCGAAAAGACGGUAUUCUAGUAUACGUACCUGGGUCUGGACCAGAUUUGUUUCCUUUGCACAACGAAUCCAUCGAAAUAUGUCCGGGCUGUUUUUAUUUACCUUUCAAUAAUUAAAAGAAGCACUAUAGAAUAUUUAUCAAAGCGAGGAAACUGUCUAUAACAAAAUACUUUUCCGUAGAUUUCUUUCAGUUUUAAAGUUAUGUUGGUGGUUAUGUGGGCCUUUUUCUGUAGAUUUCAUUCAGUUUUAAAGUUAUGUUGGUAAGACUUACUUAAGAUAUAGUAGUAAUAAAGAAAACCGAUUAGAUAUUUUAAAGCGACGGUAGGUCUUUUGUCUUUUUAAAUAGAUUUAUUGGAAGUAGAAAUUCCAAAAUAAUUUAAAGACUAAUCUUAGUAUUAAUUCUGAUCGUAGUUGCAAACUAAACAAUUAAACAUUCCAAGCCAAAAUUAGUAAUUGAAGUUAGUUUAAUGAAUAAUAUUCGAAAAUUCUAAAGAAAAACCGUUUUAUUCAAUGACUAUUUGCCAUUUUACUAUUUAGUCCGUAGAAAAGUUUACGGGAUCAGUACAUAUCUUUAAAUCCAUCUAAAAAAUUAUAGAAGAUUAGACAAAGAUAAUUUGCUGCACAAAUUAUUGCAGCUUGAAGCCAAAUUCUGAGGAGAGCUUAUAUUGCGUUUUAAAUAUAGUCGUUUGAAAUAAUGCGAUCGUUAUUACCAAAGUGCGUUCCGCCUAUAUACAAAUUCAAAAACAAUAAUUAUUUUAGAAGACUUUAUCAAACAUUCCAAUUUAGUUAAACAAGUUUAUUAUGUUGAAGUUCAAAAGCGAGAUGUGUCACAAAAGUUGAUAAAAAUCUUAUAGUUACUACGUAGAAUGCCUGAACAGGAAGAAAGAAGCUGGGUUUAUGUCUUAAGGUAUAAACGAAGUUUAUAGAUUUCCUUUUUUGGUUGCCACGAUAGAGCUAUCUUCAUCCUAAUCAAAUCUAUUAGAGGUAUUGUCCGUGUUUAUCACCUCUUAAAUCGAAUUGGUACACUAGUUUCAACUUUUGUGACGAAAACAACGAAACACAAUAUAAGCUGUAUUUCCACAUCUAUAGUCCACCCAUUUUUUAGUAAUUAACUUUGCUAAUUAUUUAUGAAUGUAUGGUAGCAAAAGAGAAAGUAGGUAGCAUAUGCGUUCAUAGUAAUCUCGCCACUAGUUAGUAAGUUUCCGGCCACAUUAGUAUGUAUUAUUAUUUAAUCUGUGCUCAAUCUUGCCAUCUAGUAGCUAUACUACUUUAAAUAUAGUCUAUAUUUUGUUUUAUUAUAAGCGACAGCCAUUAAGUAUCUAGCAGUUCUAUGUAUGGCUAUAGUUAUUUUCUGCAAGAUGCAUAUUUAUAACGAACUUUAAUAUAUUAAGUCCAACGCAACCUGCUACUUUAAGAGAAAACCCCCGCCAACUGGUUUAUACGGUCGGCCGUAUAGUUAAGUCUCAACCGAUCGAAAAACUCAUUUAAUUAAAAAAAUAACAAUGCAGCAUUAAAUUUAAAAGUUUUUAUCGAUGCGGCAUCCAAAUUGAAAACAAGAAUGAUAAAGAUAAAGAACACACUCAAUUUUUUCACUAGCCUAUCAUUAACUGCAGUUUGUGGGGAACUUCUUUUGGAAAUAAGAUAUGCUCAGUAAACAAAUAGAAUUUGAUCACAGAAUCUGCACCCGUCCAUGUUUCGAGCUCUGCUCAAAUAGAUGCUUACUCUAAUCUACUUUGCUGAAUGUUCGAACGAUGCGAGUAACAAAGCAAGCUUGUAGCCAAGGAAUUCUUCAAAAGAUUGCGUACUGCUCAGUCAUUAAAAAAACCUAUAAAAUAACGUUUUGAUUGAUACAAGUGUUUUUAACACUUGCAAGACUUCCAAAAAGGCGGUGGUUCUCAUAUCGAUGAGAAUUUUUUUUGUAUCUUAUUGUGUACAUAGCGUGUAUUUUUUAAUCAUACUAAUUUUAUUUUAAAUAAAUAAAUUUAUACGAAGUAUGUUGAAAUUUAUCAAUGCAUAUUUAAGAAUCGCGUCCAAAGCCAAAUCUUUUCCCUAUACAGUUUUAUUUUUUGCUUAUGUAAUUAUUGUUUUACACAUUCUAUCAUCAUUUUCAUUAAAACCAAAUUUGUAAAAUGUCUUAAUGUACAAAAGAGCAUAAUUUAACAUCAUUUGAAGUUUAUUUUAUGUUUUGAUGAGAAUGAGGGUAGAAAUUUUAUACUAUUUACAACACAGUUAAACCUUGAAGUAUCUACUCGAUUUAUAUAUUUCAAGAUUUAAUUGUAGAUAUUGCAAAUAGCAUUUAAGGAGUGCCAAUGCGUCACAGUAAUGUGGUAUUCAUUUAUAAUUUUACAUAGAUAAUGUAAGUUUUAAUAAAAACCCAAUAGUGAGAUUUUGUUAAUUGUACGCCAGUGUAAGAAAUAUGCCCCAAUAAAGUUAAUACAUAAAUA